AUGGCAACUUUCGCCUCCCAAGAGCCCGACGAGGGCUACUCCGAGGACCCCCUCAACCCCAGCUCGAGUGGCACCCACGAUAGCUUGACCUCGUCCAGCAGCAAUAACGCAAGGCCGCCCGCGCCUGGGGACAUGACCGCCUGGCUGGCGAGGCAUCUGCCCGGCCUUCCCGUGUCUGCAAAGACUGAACUUGCCAUGGCUCUCCUCGAUAACUUGCCCACCUCCGCCGUUGUUCAAAUCGUCAGGCGCCUUCACCCGCGACUCUACAUCGAUUUCAUCCAGUAUCUUCCCCCCGAGGUCUGUCUCAAGAUCCUGGGCUACCUCGAGCCCGUUUCCCUCAUCAACGUCGCAAAGUCCUGCCGUGCCUGGCACGACUUAGCCCUCGACAGGAAGCUGUGGGAGAAGUUGUACCACCUUGAGGGCUGGAAGGCCAUCUACCCCGAGAUUCAGUACUGGGAGGAAAAGGUCAACGAGCGCCUCAACACCUCCGCCAGCUCGCUACACAGAGUUCGAUCCUCCGAAGACGGCCACACGUACAAGAAGCGCGCGAUAUCCGAAGAUAACGACCUGGAGAUGACGGACGUCGACCGUUCCCUAAAGACGGAGGAUUCUAUGACUUCCGUUACUGGCAAUAGCAUUUUCGGCAGCCCCGCGUCGUCAUUCACCGGCUUCGGACGAAACUCGGCCACGCCGCAGCCUGGAGAUGUAGACAUGGACCGGUCUGCCCCAGGGUCUAAGAGUCGCAGCGGAGAUAGGAGCGCCGGUUACGAUGCCAAAGGCAAGGGCAAGGCCUCGCCGUUGCUCAGAGCUGCUCUCGUCAAGGAAGAAUCACUACCGCCCAUGGUUCCCGUCGAUGUUCCCGGAGGUAUCUCGCAGUCGACCCUCUGGUCUUGGGAUGCCCCUAGUUCAAGGUACAAGCUCAACUGGAAGUACCUCUACACGAUGCGCCGACGUCUUGAGAGGAACUGGGAGCUGGGCAGGUUCGCCAACUUCCAGCUGCCGCACCCCGACCACCCCGAGGAAGGCCACGGGGAGUGCAUUUACAGCUUACAGUAUGACUCAGACUACCUCGUCAGCGGAAGUCGAGACCGUACCAUCCGCAUUUGGAGCAUGCACAGUCGCCGUCUAAUGAGGAAGCCGCUCGAAGGACACUCUGGAUCCGUCCUGUGUUUACAGUUUGACGCAGACCCCGAGGAAGAUUUGAUCGUAUCCGGCAGCAGUGACUCGGACGUCAUUCUCUGGCGCUUCUCGACGGGACAAAUCAUUCAGCGGCUCUCAAACGCUCACACUGAAUCGGUGCUUAAUGUCAAGUUUGACAAGCGCAUCCUGGUGACUUGCUCAAAGGAUAAGUCUAUUAAGAUCUUCAAUCGUAGACCCCUCAAGUAUGGUGAUCCCGGUUACGGCGAUGCUGAGAUCAUCUACUCCGCCCCGACCCACCUUCGUGAUUAUGGCUACAUCAACCCGAUGGACGAGCUGCCGGUCAAGCCUCCUUACACCAUGAUUGGCGUGCUCGAUGGUCACGGUGCCGCCGUCAACGCCGUUCAGAUCUGCGGGGACGAGGUCGUCUCGGCCAGCGGCGACCGCAAUAUCAAGGUUUGGGACUGGGCCAAGCAGAUUUGCAUCCGAACAGUCGUUGGCCAUAGCAAGGGCAUCGCCUGCGUGCAGUACGAUGGCCGGAGGAUUGUUAGUGGCAGCAGCGACAACGAGGUCAAAGUGUUUGAUAGGUUCACUGGUCUUGAGGUGGCCAGCCUGCGGGCACACCAAAACCUUGUCAGGACCGUACAGGCUGGCUUUGGUGACCUUCCGUACAGUGCCGAGGAGGACAGGCUCGAAGCGAAGAGGAUCGACAACGAAUAUUUCAAGGCCAUCGAGAGCGGGCUCAUCAGCCCCUACAGCGAGCAGGGCUCUCGCCGUAGCCGCCCUAGGAACGCCGGCAGUCGCAGACCUGAGGACAUUACGGCAUACGGCGCCAACUUGCCCCCCGGCGGCGGCGGCGGCAAGUACGCCCGAAUCGUGUCGGGCUCGUACGAUCAGACCAUUAUCAUUUGGCGUCGCGAUAAGGAGGGUGUGUGGAAAGACGCUCAUCAUCUGCGGCAGGAAGAGGCGGCGGCUGCGGCACAGAACCAAGCCCAGGCCGCAGCCAGAGCGGCCUCGCAGGCUGCUGCGCAGGCCAUGUUAUCGACCAUGAUUCCGUUGUCGGGCUCAAACACUGCAUCGCCUAGAACAACGAUCGAGGCCCCCAUCAUCGCCACGAUUACUCCCGACUCUGCCAACGCCUUUAUGGCACUCAUCGACAUCAUCGUGCCCCAAGGCCCCACGCAGCUGAGGCAGGCCCUGGCAAGUUACCCAACUAUGCUGGCGUACAACGCACACAUCGUGGCUGCUAUCGCCAGAGAGUCGAACCCGCGGACGAGAAGUGAGCUACGUGCUGUGCUCAGCGCUGCUCUCGUAGAUACGCAAGCUACCCAGUCUCGCACUCGCCAUGCGGCUACUCGUGAGUCGGCAGAGGCGAUUGUCCCGCCCUCGUUGCCGUCCAUGUCUGCAUCUACCAGAAAUCCGGGCUCAUCAUCAUCACAAGACGCAGCCAUGCCGUCUACCCGUCACACUGACGAGCUCAACCACGGAAGAGCCAGACGACACCACAACCCGGUCACCACUCCCGCAAACCUCGAACAAAUGCGCACCCCUAUACCUCAGCGAGCAGCAACCGCCAGUCCUGCGGUACAGGCAGGCCCACCGGCCGGUGCAGUGCAAGGGCAUUUGCACAUUCAAGGCCAUCUCGAGGCUGACGAUGAAGCUCGUGCUCCAGGGGAGGUUCAACAGGCUCAGCCUCCUCGCACGCAACCCGGAGCGCCUGUGCAGACGCAGGCGACGCCGGUGCCGGUGCAAGGCGGCCAGCAUGCGGUGCCAGACGCGGCGCACCACCCGCACAUUGCCAACGCGGACAACGGGCCGGCGCGGGUGUUCAAGCUACAGUACGACGCCCGCAGGAUUAUUUGUUGUAGCCAGACGAGUGUCAUUGUCGGAUGGGACUUUUGCAACAACGACCCUGAGCUGGAAGAGGUCGCACGGUUUUUCGCGACGGUGGAGUAG